CUUCCAGAUAAUCAUCAGCAAAAGCGACUCUUAAGGUUAAAGAAAACAAUUUCUUUUGAAAACAUGGUUAACAAAAAAAUAAUAAGCUGAUAUGGGUUCGAAUGCAAAAUCUUACCACGAUCAACACAAACUAUUUUGUUUAGCCGAGCACAGAGAGACAACACACAGGCACGACAGAAUAAUGUGGCAUUUCCUUUUUGAAAGGAGGGCCAAUAAAGAAGACCAAAUUUAAAAAAAAAUUGAAGGACCAGGUUGGCCGUGAAUAUGGAUCCAGAUAUUCUCCUGUAACCAUGGGCAUGAAAUGAAAUUAGUACAUACAUACAGAAUAGAGUGAACUGAAGCAAGAGAUAAGCGACCAAGAGAGAGAAGAAGGUUGGAUGAUUGAAAGCUUGAGUGGUUUCCUCGAGCUCAUUUCGCAUCUCUUGACCCUUUUCCUCCUCCUCCACUAGACACCAAUGACCCUUUCCAAUAUAAUCCCCAGGCCCAGACUUUUGGGGUCGGUUGAAUCCUGAAUGGAGUCUUUGUCACAAAGGGAAGCACCAAAGUCCCAUCGACAUCAACCCCGAGAAACUCCUCUACGAUCCUCAAUUGACCGAGAUUCAUAUUGACAAGCAUAGAGUAAGUGGAUUGCUGGAGAACACGGGUCAGAGCCUAGUUUUCCGGAUUCCGCAAGAUCAGAAGCCAUCCUUAAAUAUUUCGGGAGGACCACUGACUUACCGAUAUCGAUUUCAAGAACUCCACAUUCAUUAUGGGAACGAGAAUGACAUGGGUUCUGAGCAUCGAAUCAACGGACUACCUUUCCCAGCCGAGGUGAGGCUUCCUCUCUUUUCCAUCGAUCAAUCGAACGUGUAUAGCGAGUGUCUCUUUAUUCAACUGUACGGCUUCAAUUCAGACCUCUAUCACAACAUGUCUGAGGCAAGGCACAAAUCUCAGGGGAUCGUCGGCGUUGCCAUUCUCGUCCAGGUCGGGGAUAAAUCGAACGAGGAAUUGAGGAUCUUGACCAGUUCUUUCAAUAAGGUCAUCUUUCGAGGUCAGAAGGCAAAGGUGCAUCAUUUGAACAUAAGGCAGCUCCUUCCAGACACAGAGAAAUACAUGACGUACGAGGGAUCUACAACCUAUCCUGGGUGUUGGGAGACCACCACCUGGGUUAUCUUCAAUAAACCCAUCUACAUGACUCGACAGGAGAUGUAUGCCCUGAGGAAGGUGAUGCAGGGAGACGAGGAGUUGCCAAAAGCUCCUCUAGGAAACAAUGUUCGUCCCUUGCAACCUUUGCAUCAUAGGACGUGCAAUCCCAAUCACACGAAUGGGAACGUCGGCAUCGGCUCCAUCUCGAUCAACUUUCCUGUUACUUUUCCUCGCCCUCGUAGCAUGAAUACAAAGCGCCUCAUUCCUCGCUUGGAAUCCAUCGGCUCUGUUCCGAUGGAGCUGGUGAAGGAGAAAAAGUUGAGCAAUACUCUGCGAAACAGCCGGAAUAGGGAAUAA